GGGCCCUUCGCCGGAAGCGGGGCAUGGCGGCGUUCGCGAAGGCGGCCAAGUCGCGGCAGCGGCAGCACCGCGAGCGGGGCCAGCUCGCCUCGCGAAGGGCUCUCGGGCUGCUCGAGAAGAAGCGGGACUACCUGCUCCGCGCCGACGACUUCCACCAGAAGCGGGAUGCGCUGCGGGCGCUGCGCCGGCGGGCGCAGGAGAGGAACCCCGACGAGUUCUACUUCCGGAUGGCCCGUGCGCGGCUGCAGGACGGGGUGCACGUGAUUAGCCAGCAGGAAGAAGAAUCCACGCCGGAGCAGCAGAAGCUGUUGAAGACCCAGGACCUGAAGUACGUGGAGAUGAAGCGAGUAGCAGAAGUCAAGAAAAUUGAGCAGCUGAAGUCCGAGCUCCAUCUGCUGGAAGCAGAGGGGAAACAGCUGAAUAAGCACACAUUCUUUUUUGACUCCAAGAAGGAAGUGCAAGGGUUUGACGUUGCCCUCCACCUGAACACUGCUCCUGAGCUGGUGGGCAGAGUAUACAACAGGCCAUCCCUUGAAGCCCUGAAGAAAAAAGCUGUUUCGGGGAUCACCACUGAUGGCCAGUUACAGAGAUUAGCCCAGCAGAGGAAAGGCCAGUACAGCCUGCUGAGGCAGCGCAUAGAGCGUGAGCGGAAGAUGUUUGUCAUUGCGCAGAAGCUCCAGACCCGGAAGGACCUCUUGGACAAAACUCAGAGAGUGAAGCUGAAGAAGGAGACUGUAAAUCAGCCGGCAAUCUACAGGUUCCAGUUUAGACGGAAGCGCUGACCUUUCUGUUCUGUGAAGAAGGGUCUCCUCCAGUUGAUGGCGUUGGGAACCUCUGCCUGCAGAUGUUCCUUUUCUCUGCCUUGGCUUUAUCCUAGGGUACUUUUUCAAUAAAUCCAGCAAGAGUUG